AUGUCUUCCUCCGUCUGCCGCCGUCUCCACGGCCUAUUUGCCACCGCCGCCAAACCCACCUCACUCCCCAAAACCCCCCAACCCACGACCACAACCACCUCUCUCCACGGCCUAUUUGCCUCCGCCCAAACCACCACCAAAACCACCUCAAUCCCAAAAACCCCCAAACGCACCACCACCACCUCUCGCCAAAAGCAUGGCAAACCCACCAUCGCCACCUCUCUCCAAAAAAAUAGCAAACCCACCACCACCACCACCGCUAAAACUACCAAUAACAAAACCCUCUUAGCCCUCGUCGCCAAAUUCAAGAAGUCCUCCGAAUCUAAUCGCUUCCGCCACGGCAGCCACAAGGCCUACCUCAAAACCGUCACCCGCCUCGCCUUGGCAAACGAACACUCCCUAAUCGACGAAAUCCUCCAGCACCAGAAACAGUACCCAAACAUCACCAGCGAAGGCUUCGUCGUCCGCCUCAUCUCCCUAUACGGGAAAUCCGCCAUGUUCGACCACGCCCGCAAGCUGUUCGACGAAAUGCCGCACCUGAAAUGCGAGCGCACUGUGAUGUCGUUCAACGCCCUCCUCUCCGCCUGCGUGUAUUCAAAGAGAUUUGAUAUGAUCAGCGAGCUUUUGAGCGAGUUGCCGGAGAAGUUGUCAAUCAGACCUGACACAGUCUCGUACAACACCGUCACGAAAGCAUUUUGCGAAAUGGGUUCGUUCGAUUCAGCACUUGCGCUCGUAAAUGAGAUGGAAAAGAGUGGGGUGGAGCCUGAUUUGAUUACUUUCAAUACCCUUCUUGAUGCUUUGUAUAAGAAUAAUAUGUUUGAAGAGGCAGAGAAGGCGUGGGGGUUGAUGCGAGAGAAGAAUGUUGUUCCAAAUGGGAGAACAUACAACCCGAAAAUUCGAGCAUUGGUGGCUGGUAAUCGAAUUUCGGAGGCAGUUCAGGUGUUUCAAGAAAUGGGGAGUAAGGGAGUUAAACCAGAUGUGUUCACUUUUAAUGCAUUGAUCAAAGGGUUUUGUGACCAUGGGUAUUUGGAGGAAGCCAGGCAUUGGUAUAAGGAAAUGGGAAAGAAUGAUUGUUACCCGGAUCCAGUGACAUUACGAAUCCUUGGCAACUUUGCUUGCAAAGAGGGUGAGUUUGAGUUCGCUCUGGAGUUGUGCAAGGAGGCUAUAACUCGGCAGUGUAAUACUGGGGUGUCGAUGAUGCAACUUGUGGUAGAUGGAUUGGUUAAGGAGUCAAAGGUAGAAGAAGCAAAGGAGCUUGUGGAGCUUGGCAAGUCAAAAAGUUACUUCCAAUAUAAGCUAGAAAUGCCUUCAGAUGAGUAGCUAAAUUUUUUCUCGUAUGUUACUUAAAUGGAUUUCUGUUGUUUGUUAGAAAUAAUCUUUAGCUUAUUAUGUAACUUGAUUUUCAUCUUGAUUAAUGGUAUGAAAAUUUUCUGCCA